GCCGAUGGCCCGGCUAGCAGCUAGUAGCCAGGGACAUGCGCACUCGCACCCUCUUACCACAACGGCAUGACACUCAUCUCCUCGCAAAGAUCAGCUCCGAUGCCAUACGGCGCCUCCUGUUCUCCCCGUCGUUCACCGGCACCUACGAACGCCUACGAGUCGCGCACGGGAUGGCCCUGCCCCUCGUCUUCCCGUCCGUGCUCGCGGAGCUCAACCUGCUCGCGCUGCUCUCGCUCCUGAACUUUGCGUCGGGCUACCGCGUGCCGCUGCACGCGGCAACGGGCCGCGGCGCGUUCGACAGCAUCCGCGCCUUCGUGUUCUCGCUCUACAUAUCGUCGUCCGUCGGCGGCGAGGGCGACCUGCUCUCCGCGCGCGGCAUGCAGAGCGUCGCCGCGGGGAAGGUCGCGGAGCUCAUGGGCGUCGCGGACAAGGUGCACGUCGACCAGCCGUCGACCGUCCCGGGUGUCACCAUGAGCGAGCUUGGCGGCCCCGUGUGGGAGGUCGUGCAGCUCGUCACGAAGGUGCUGAAGGAGACCGGGGACGUGCUGGUCAAUGGCGGCUACCAGGACCUCGGGGCCUUUGUCCUCGAGGCAUUGAAGGAGGGCGACAAGGUCAGGCGGAAGAACGAGCCUGGCAGGGAGGACCCCGAGUGCGAUGUCAUUAUCGAGCGGUUGGUGAAGGCCAUACCAGCGUUCCGAGACAUGGUUGUAAUCGAUGGACAGCCCGUCUACUGCUUCAAGAAGGCCAUGCUGACGCUGCACGCUAUCGCCCUGCGAUACAAAGACUCACCGAACGCUUCCGUGCCGGUACCACGCACGGACAACCUGCCAGUCUUCUCAGAUAACGUUAUCCCGUCUAUGCUUGUACACCUGGGCGUUAUCGAUCUCUCCACCUCUACGCCCGCCGUGGGUCUGCAGGACAUCUUCCCUUUGGCGAAGCAGAGGGAGACCCUAGACCUCCUGCUCGGCACAGCCCCACCUCAAUCCGAGAAUACCGAAGGCGCCAGGAAGGGGUCCCCGAAAGAAGGCCCUGUUCUGACGACGGAGCAGGCAUUCGUUCUGCGUGCGGCUGCCGUGGACGCAUGCGAACUGAUUGUGCAAUACGCACGGAACCUGUCUGACGAGGAGCUCCGGAUGGAAGACGGCCGGGAGCUCAGGUGGCUCAAGACAGUCACGGUACCCGAGCUCGAUGCCUGGGCCUGGGCGGUUGCGAAGGAUCGCGCGGACUAUCGGAGCCUGGAGCGGUUCGUGCUGCGCAACACGACGUAUUUCUGAAGACAAGCAGUGUGCUACCAUGUACCUAUCUCGUUUGACGACCCAGAUGCAGCCACAGGUGAACAGAAUCUGAUGCGGACGGCGAGCAUUGCCGGGCGUACUAGUGAUUGGCGUGUGGCUCAGGCGUGGGUGCGCGCCGUGAUUGCCAGAAUGUCG